GGCAACUUCUGGAUUUAGACGCCUCUAAGAACGCGGAAAUUUGAAUUGGCCUUUUAAUUUAUAAAUUUAGAAAUGGAGGACUUUGAGAAAAUUGAAAAGAUUGGAGAAGGCACCUACGGCGUGGUUUAUAAAGGCCGCAAUCGACUCACAGGUCAAAUUGUGGCAAUGAAAAAAAUUCGCUUGGAGUCUGACGACGAAGGAGUCCCGUCAACUGCUAUCAGAGAAAUUUCUUUACUCAAAGAACUAAAACAUUCAAAUAUCGUCUGUUUGGAAGAUGUAUUAAUGGAGGAAAACCGCAUUUAUUUGAUAUUUGAAUUUUUAUCAAUGGAUCUUAAGAAAUAUAUGGACUCGCUACCUCCAGAGAAACUUAUGGAUAGCAAACUUGUGCGAAGCUAUUUGUUUCAAAUAACAGAUGCAAUUUUAUUCUGCCAUCGUCGAAGAGUCUUGCAUCGGGAUUUGAAACCUCAAAAUUUACUUAUUGACAAAAAUGGCCUAAUUAAAGUAGCGGACUUUGGGCUGGGAAGAUCUUUUGGCAUUCCAGUGCGCAUAUACACUCAUGAAAUUGUUACUCUGUGGUACAGAGCACCCGAGGUAUUACUGGGCUCUCCACGAUAUUCAUGUCCCGUCGACAUAUGGUCCAUUGGAUGCAUUUUUGCCGAAAUGGCAACGCGGAAACCCCUUUUCCAAGGAGACUCUGAAAUCGAUCAAUUAUUUAGAAUGUUCAGAAUUCUCAAAACACCAACUGAAGACAUUUGGCCAGGCGUAACGUCGCUUCCCGAUUAUAAGAAUACUUUUCCUUGCUGGUCAACAAAUCAAUUAACAAACCAGCUUAAAAAUCUCGAUGCCAAUGGUGUAAACCUUAUUCAAAAGAUGCUCAUUUAUGAUCCAGUGCAUCGUAUAUCAGCAAAAGAUAUUUUGGCUCAUCCCUACUUUGAUGGCUUUGAAGCAGAUUUAAUUUCAAGCUAACUUUCGGAAUAUUGAUUCAAAUUAAACAUUUUAUCAACCAAAAA